AUGGCUGCCCCUACCGACACCGAAGCCGCAGAAGUCGCGGCUUCCUCCUCUCCACCCAUCACACCGGAGUUCCUCACCAAGAAACUCAAACAAUCCAUAAACAUAACCCACAUCAGUAUGGAAGAUAUGUCGGGCGGCUGCGGACAAGCCUUCAAUGCCAUCAUUGUUUCCCCGGAGUUUGAAAAGAAAACGCUGUUGGCGAGGAGCAGGUUAGUCAACGGGGUAUUGAAGGACGAGAUCAAGGCAAUCCAUGCCUGGACGCCCAGAUGUUUGACGCCAGAACAGUGGGAGAAGGAAAGGGAGAGGAUAGGCUGA